GUUUCUGCAGCUGAGAGCGCCCGAGGUUUAGGUAUGGCCCGGACGAAGCAGACGGCGCGCAAGUCCACGGGCGGGAAGGCCCCGCGCAAGCAGCUGGCCACCAAGGCGGCCCGCAAGAGCGCGCCGGCCACCGGCGGCGUCAAGAAGCCGCACCGCUACCGGCCCGGCACCGUGGCCCUGCGCGAGAUCCGCCGCUACCAGAAGUCCACCGAGCUGCUGAUCCGCAAGCUGCCCUUCCAGCGCCUGGUGCGCGAGAUCGCGCAGGACUUCAAGACCGACCUGCGCUUCCAGAGCUCGGCCGUCAUGGCGCUGCAGGAGGCGUGCGAGGCCUACCUGGUGGGCCUGUUCGAGGACACCAAUCUUGUGCAGUUGUUCACCAUGUCUGGACGCGGCAAAGGCGGCAAAGGCCUCGGGAAGGGGGGCGCCAAGCGCCACCGCAAGGUGCUGCGCGACAACAUCCAGGGCAUCACCAAGCCCGCCAUCCGGCGCCUGGCCCGCCGCGGCGGCGUCAAGCGCAUCUCCGGCCUCAUCUACGAGGAGACCCGCGGGGUGCUCAAGGUCUUCCUGGAGAACGUGAUCCGGGACGCCGUCACCUACACGGAGCACGCCAAGCGCAAGACGGUCACGGCCAUGGACGUGGUCUACGCGCUCAAGCGCCAGGGCCGCACCCUCUACGGCUUCGGCGGCUGAGUCCCUGUUGUCUCCCCCACAAACUCGU